CAAAUCCAGAAUUACGUAAAGGUUAUUAGUCUGUGGCUGGCUGUCAAUGACGCUAGCCGACUCCGGUCAACGUUUAUCGUGGACGCCCAAGGGGCGUUUGUUUGUAGCGUUUCAGGACAAAAGAGAUGAGAUUUUAUCAGCAUGCAUGCGAUGAUGUCUCUAAUAAGGGUGGCAACUUUUCGUCUUCACUACUUCUUGAAUAAUUGCAGUAUUAUGCACUUGAUCAUCUCCAUCAAUUUCCUCCUUAUUCCCUUUUGCCAUCCACUUUCCUUCAGUAUCAAUUACUUCGAUAAAACUGCAAGUAAGAUACUCUACGACGGUGAUGCAGCUUCCGACGGUUCGGGAUUCAUUGAACUCAAUACAGAAGAUGUUUUUCGAGUUGGCUGGGCUAGAUAUGCAGAGCCGUUGCACUUGUGGGAGGGGUCGUCAUUUGCUGCAGACUUCACUACUAACUUCUCCUUCGUUGUGGAAAUUCGUAACAGUAGCUCAUGUGGUGAUGGGUUUGCCUUCUUCCUCGCUCCGGUCCACUAUCAAAUUACACCCAACUCCGCCGGUCCUUUUAUGGGCUUGUUCAACUGGACCGCUGGUUCUGCAGCCUCCCUAAUCCAGAUUGUGACGGUCGAGUUCGACACUCUGGCCGGCAUCGUCGAGGCUCCAUCAACGGGGCCGCACAUCGGGAUCAACGACAGGAGCAUCACGUCAGCUGUUACUGCCAGCUGGAAUCCUUUCCUCCAUAGUGGGCAAUUGUGUCGUGUACGGAUAACAUACAAUGCUACCACCAACAACCUCACCGUGUUUUGGACAUACGAAGAAAAGUUCGAGGCAAAUUCUUCCCUUUCCUAUGCAAUUGACCUGAAAAUAUCUCUCCCGGAGUGGGUUACAGUUGGAUUUGCAUCUUCUACAAACCUUGGCUCUGAGCGGCAUGCUAUAAGAUCAUGGGAAUUCAGAAGUUCAGAAUUAAAGUCCGAUGCGACCCGGAGGAGGAUAGUCUUGACAAUUGGGGUCGCUGCAGCAGCAGUUCUUUUCUUUAUUUCGAUGCUUUAUGUCGCCUACCGGUGGGUCGUACGGAAGCGGAUAAAGAGGACUCGUGGAGAAGGAAAUGAGUCGAAUGACACCUCCAGUGUUCCAUUGUCCUCCAUAAAUUCAGAUAUUCAGAUACUAGCCUUGCCAAGACAAUUUACUUAUCAAGAACUAGUUGCAGCCACCAAUGGCUUUGCAAACGACAGAAGGCUAGGCCAAGGAGGAUCGGGACAAGUUUAUAAAGGGAUCAUACAAGAUCUAGGCUGUGCAGUUGCUGUGAAGAGAAUCUUUGCACAAUCUGACAAGCACUAUGAGAAAACCUUCAUCAACGAAGUCAAGAUAAUAAGUCGCAUAAUACAUAAAAACUUGGUGCAGUUUAUUGGAUGGUGUCAUGAGCAAGGAGAAUGCUUACUUGUUUAUGCAUACAUGCCUAACUGUAGCCUUGACACGCAUCUAUUUGGCCCUAGAGCAACUUUGCAAUGGGAAUUUAGGUAUAGGAUAGCUCUAGGCUUGGCCUCGGCGCUUCAUUAUCUACACGAGGAUGCAGAGCAGUGUGUCCUUCAUAGGGAUAUCAAAUCAGCUAACAUUUUAUUGGACAACGAUUUUAGCACUAAACUUGGUGAUUUUGGGAUUGCUAAGCUUGUGGAUCCGCGGUUAAGGUAUCAGACUGAAGGGGUAGUCGGGACUUUUGGAUACAUGGCUCCAGAAUAUGUUAUUGAAGGGAGGGCAAGCAAAGAAUCAGACAUGUUUAGCUUCGGAGUUGUGGCCUUGGAAAUUGCUUGUGGAAGGAGGACCUACCACGAUGGAGAAUUCCACUCACCGCUUUAUACGUGGGUUUGGCAUUUAUACCUUGCAGGAAAUUUAUUGGAUGCAGCUGAUGAGAGAUUGGAUAUGGAUUUUGAUAAAAAUGAAAUGGAGUGCUUGUUAAUUGUUGGAUUAUGGUGCACUCAUCCAAACAACAAAGAAAGGCCAAAAGUAGGACAAGUGAUUAGGAAUCUCCAGCGUGAAGCACCAUUGCCAAAUCUUCCACAUAUCAUGCCUGAUUACCCAAUGCCUCAACCUCUGCAACAAGCUCAAUCUGGUUCCUCUCAGACCCAACUUCCAGCUUCAGCACUGUAGGUCGUUAAAUCAUGUUCAACUGGCAUAAGUGCGUUUACAUGUAUGUUGUUACCUUUCUUCCUUUUCUUUUUUUCUUUCUUUAUUUUUUCUUCUCUUUUGCUUCUUGUCUUGUAUCUACUAUUGUGGUAUAUAUAAAACUUUUAAUUUUUUUUUUCUAGUUUUAAAUCAUUUUCUAUCCCAAUAUGUUGUGGUGGAAUUUCAAUUUUUGAUAUAAUUGUUACCAAAUUAGCUUCUUUUCA